GACUAAACGUGGCGUUUUACUGGUUGUGGCUCCUUGUUCUGCUCGCCCUAAGACUCUGAUUGUUGCAGAAGCAAAACCCUAAGUUUAAACAGCGAUGAGCGCCAAGCCGUUGGAUUCGCUGCCUCCGACCGAAACCCUAGAGAUAGAGAAUGGGCUUUCGCUGGUGCCGCGCGUGAGGCUCAAUCUCACGGUUUACUCGUCGACCGGAGUCGUGACGAAACCCGUCGACGAGUGGAAGAUGAAGCGGACGCUCAUCGACUUCCUCAAGAACUCGCUUUCCGUCCCCAUCACCGUCCCCGAAGACGACCUCCAGAUCCGGCGGCUCAGGGACCUCAAGAAGCGGAAGCGCGACGACCCCGUGGCUUUCGGCGUUCUCGUGAUUCGCGACCUAGGGUUUCUGAAAAAGGGCGGGAAGCGAAGUGACGUGGAAGAAGAAGAGGAUGCGAAGGAGUUGGAGAGGAAGUUUCUGGAAUGGAGAAAGUACAUUGUUGAGAAAAUGGACGGGAUUGAGCUCAACAUCGAAGGGGUUAAGUACAAGCUGAAUGUUGUUGUUCCAGAUUCGGAUGAUUUCGAGGGCACCAAGAAGGCUUGGGAGGAGUUCUACGCCUUCGGAAAUCGGGGGUUUUCGAGGGGGAAGCAAGAGCCGGAUACGAUAAUAGUGAGGGGUGUUCCGUCACGCUGGUUCGCAGAGCCGCGGGUUUCUUCCUCCAAGUUUUCAGUGCUGGUUACCCAUACCAUAUUUUCUACAUUUGGGAAGAUAAGGAAUCUUAAUGUUGCUGAGGACGAUGGUCUAGGUAAGGAUGCAAAUGAGGAUGGCGAUGACUUAAUUUCUGGUCUCCACUGUAAGAUUGUGGUUCAGUUUGAGACAUACCAGGACUUCUAUAAUGCCUUCAAGGUGUUAUGCGGCCGCUCAUUGCAGAAGGAAGGAUCUAAAUUGAGGGCUGAUUAUGAGGUUACAUGGGACAAGGACGGAUUCUUCCGAUUCUCAAGAAAUCAACCGGAGCAAAACAGUAGUAGGCUACGAGAAAUGACGACGACAAAUCAGAGAAGUGAAGCUCCCCGGCAUCAGCAACGCGUUUCUCAAUUCAGUGCGGACCAGGCUCCCCGAAAGAGGUUUAAGGAAUAGGGCAAAUUAAUCUGAAUAUUUUUUCUGGAGCUGGAGCUGGGAGUGUGUUAACUUGGUAUAAUUACGAAAGAAACGACUGAAGCACUCUUACUUUUCAAAGAUGUAUUAGCCUAUUGCAAAUUCCUCAAUUACUUUUCAGCCCCAAAUUCUUGUUCGUUCCUCCAUAUAUCGUCGGGGGUGUUUUAACACUACCGGCCCCAAUAUUUUUGUGCUUUUUUCUUCUAAUCUUCACUCAUCUUCGUUUGUCACCGAAUUAUACUUAUUAUGCAGCAGCUCUACUUGUUUUA